CAUCCUCCCCACACCGUUGUUUGAGAGAUUCUCCGCCUCAGCAAAAAUAUAAAUAUUCUCUUAAAAACAUCUCUUUCUCUCUGUUCCUUUCCUUUCAGAAGCUAAGCAUCUCUUCCUUUUCUUUUUUUUCUUUAUAUUUUUUAGCCCGAUCUCUUCUGCAAAGAUUCUCUCUUUUCAUAUAUGUUUUUAUUCUCUAAUAACAAUUAAUGACUUAUAACUUCAUCUUCUUCCUCCUUCUUUGCUUCUCUCUAGGGCUGUCGUUUUCUCUUCACUCACACGUUUUCAAAGAUAUAUAACACACGUGUGGGACAUUCUUCAUCGUCAUAUGGAUUCUUCUUCCUCGUCCUCAUCAUCUUCUUCAUACGGUGUUGCUCAUGUUAGCCAUAUCUCCAAUCCUUGUAUCUUUGGGGAAGCUGGGUCAUCAUCUUCAUCAACAUACAGAGAUAAGAGAUGGAACUUGAUGAAAUGGGUGAGUAAGCUUUUCAAGAGUGGCUCUAAUGGUGGCGGUGGUGGUGGUGCUCGCACUAAUCAUCAUCCUCCUCAGUUUCAAGAGGACGAGAACAUGGUCUUUCCUCUACAUCCUUCAUCUUUGGACGAUCGUUCGAGAGGUGCACGAGACAAAGAAGAACUCGAUCGUGCAAUGUCACUUUCUCUAGCUGACGAUAGGAGGCGGCCACAUGGUUAUGGUUGGUCUAUGGAUAACAAUUCAGAUUUUCCAAGGCCAUUUCACGGUGGAGUCAAUCCACCAUCUUUUAUUCCACCUUAUGAACCUACUUAUCAAUUCAGAAGAAGACAAAGCAGAAUAUGCGGCGGAUGCAACCGUGAUAUCGGAAUGGGGAACUACCUAGGAUGCAUGGGAACAUUCUUUCAUCCUGAAUGUUUUUGUUGCCACUCUUGUCGUUACCCUAUCACUGAGCACGAGUUCUCUCUGUCAGGAACGAAACCAUAUCACAAGAUUUGUUUCAAAGAGCUUACUCAUCCUAAAUGCGAAGUUUGUCACCAUUUUAUCCCAACUAAUGAUGCUGGCUUGAUCGAGUAUCGAUGCCAUCCGUUUUGGAAUCAAAAGUAUUGUCCCUCUCAUGAGUACGAUAAGACCGCUCGUUGCUGUAGCUGCGAACGUUUGGAGUCAUGGGACGUGAGAUAUUACACGUUAGAAGAUGGGAGAAGUUUAUGUUUAGAAUGCAUGGAAACUGCGAUAACCGAUACAGGAGAUUGUCAACCUCUCUACCAUGCUAUACGAGACUAUUACGAAGGAAUGUACAUGAAACUUGAGCAACAGAUUCCUAUGCUUCUUGUUCAACGAGAAGCGCUCAAUGACGCUAUUGUCGGAGAGAAAAACGGAUACCAUCACAUGCCAGAGACGAGAGGUUUAUGUUUGUCUGAAGAACAGACAGUCACAAGUGUUCUUAAAAGACCGAGACUUGGCGCUCACCGUCUUUAUGGUAUGAGAACUCAGCCACGAAAGCUUACACGAAAAUGUGAAGUCACUGCGAUCCUUGUUCUUUAUGGCCUCCCAAGAUUACUCACCGGAGCCAUUCUCGCCCACGAGCUGAUGCAUGGAUGGCUAAGGCUCAAAGGGUAUAGGAACCUAAACCCUGAGGUAGAGGAAGGUAUCUGCCAAGUCCUCUCAUACAUGUGGCUUGAAUCCGAAGUUCUCUCAGAUCCUCUUUCAAGAAACGUGCCUUCAACGUCAUCAUCAUCAUCUUCGUUUUCUAACAAAAAAGGAGGGAAAUCAAAUAUGGAGAAGAAGCUUGGUGAGUUCUUUAAGCAUCAGAUAGCACACGACGCAUCUCCAGCUUAUGGAGGAGGUUUCAGAGCAGCAAAUGCAGCAGUGUCUAAGUACGGUCUGCAUCGUACACUCGAUCAUAUCCGCUACACUGGAACUUUUCCUUUGUAAACUUACCAGUGACGUUCACAGUGUUUAUGUUAUGUUUCUUUCAUCUUACUAUAUGUUUGAUUUGGAUUGGAAGGAUCACACAAAAGGUUUGUUUUUAACUUUUUAUAGAAUCUCAGAACUGGCUCUGUCUCCCUUUUUGAAUGGGAGGAUUUGGUUGUUUGGAGGUUUUUUUUAUAUAAACAAUUAUUGAAUAAUACUAAUAACAAAAAAAUCAAUUAGAUUCCUAAAA